ACGAAACGAACAUAAUAGCCUUUUAUCUUUCUGAUUUUGUGUCUUCUUCCUCAUCGAAACUUUGAGAGCCCCCAGGAUACUCGGAAUACUGAAAAAGGACAGAUGCUCAGUGUACCAGAAGGCAAUACGAACGACGAUGCUCGAAAAGCUCUCGGUAUCCGACCAGGCGGUCAACCUCCACCACGAUUGAAACUGGACUACACCAAUUUUGAUGAAAUACCACCUUCCCCAACAUUAGCUUACCCCCCUUCGCCGAGAUCGCCAACGUCUUCAAGACUUUCAUCAUCUCCAAUCCCUCCUAAUAGCUCUACAUCCCCUGAACCUUCGAAAACCUUUCGCCGAGCUACGCGAGCGGGCCCGCAUGUUCUGUCAGCAAAGAAAAUCCAGAAGAUCAGUAGCAGUCGAGGCUUAUACGAAAGUAAGAAACUUCUGCUGUAUCUUCUGGAUACCUUUGAGCAAAGAGAGACGGCCCCGGAUAUCCUCGAGCGCGCAGCUAUCUCUGCGCGAGAAAUUUCUGGGCGUUCAAAAGGCAAGGGCAAAGGUAAAGUCUUGAGGCUUGGUCACGCUAUAACUGCUGCCGCAGGUUCUUCCAACAGCACAGACUAUAGUCGCAUACAUCGUGCGAUGGCUCCAGCUGCCGGAGUCGGAAGUGAAGAUUAUGAGGAUCAUAUCGUAUUCGAUGAGGGACAUUGGGAUACGGAAGCUGCCUACAAUCUGGUAGAACAAACCCGAGGUCUACUUGUUCUAGCAGAAAAGCAACAGCUGGAUCUGUUUGCCGAUACAGAAGACAAUGAUGUGCCCGUACUGGAUGCAACGCCAGUCAAGAGCAAGGGGCGUGCUGGUCGCUUCUCUUCUGUUUCUCCAUCAACAGCUUUCUCCAAAGGUAAUAGUCAAGCAGCAACCUCAAGCCCUGAUACAUCUUUUGCCUCAACUUUAUACCCUAACCGCGCAUCGACGUCGACAAUUCCAAGUAUUCCAGGACCUUAUCUCCUCGAAAGAACUCUGGACGUUCUUCAAUCACUUCUAUCUGUCGACUGUCUCCAUCGAACCCACGCCUUUCGCCCAUUGUGUCCACCUAACGCACUUCAAGCUGCUUGUCUAGAUAUUGCCGCUUAUCUAUAUCAGAAGGGAGAGAUAGGAACAAAGGUACGGGUGGUAGGGAUGGUCAUUGACGGGUUUUAUGGAAUGGGAGAAGGUAUGGGAGAAAGGGUAUGCGAAUGGCUAGAGGGUAGAAUGGGUGACUUGCUGGGUAGGUUAGCUCGAGAAAGAGGAGAUUUCAAGAAAUCAAAAAACAACGAUGUGGAAUGGAUAGAUCCAUUCUCGAAGCCAGUCUCUAAGGCACCUCGCAAUGCUGCAUUACCUACGUUCGCUAUUUCGUCCGAAUCAAGCGACUCUGUACCCCGAAAGGCCUCAGAAACCCUAGGAUGGAUGCGCUUUUCUCCCACAAGUCCUUCGUCCCCCUUGUUUCAUCACGACAUCCUGGGUCUCUUAUCCAUACAGUCGCUUCGCGAUGCUUCAUCCACAGCCGUGGAGAUUGCAGCACUUGUGCCUCGCAUUUUGAUGGCCAUAACAUCAACUAUCGAUCUGACUCAAUCGAAAUUAACAACUAUCUAUCGUGUUCACCGACUCCUAUCGUUGAUUCUCAACGCAAAACCUGAUUCCUCUCUAGACCUCCUCACAAUUAUUGCCCAUGCACCACCUCUCUGCCGACGCACCGCUGCUGCAAUUCUAGCAACUUUUUACCCCAACGCAGCUGGGCACAAUACUGUCGCACGACGAUUACCAUCUACUUCUUACGUUGCCCAACGCAUGAAAUGGGAGACCGGCCAAUUCAGCGUUCUAGGAGAGGACGAGACUGAGGAACACCACUUCGUUCCUUGGAGGGUCAGUUCACAUGAUGAUCCUACCGCUGAGGUUGUGCGAUGUGAGGUUUGCGAGUCAGAGAUCCAUGGCUUCGGAAUCAAAUGCACGAUGUGCAAAGAACAGCGCCAUCUGCGUUGCUAUGAUGGCUCUGGUAAGACUCGAAAGGGAGUCUACCAGUACGACGUCGUCACCCUUUCACCUACCUCAACAUCAUCGCAGCUGUCGCACGCCAAAUUCUGCCCAUCCCUUCCUAGACUUGAAGAAGUUUCAUUAAACCCGCCUCAUGGGUCCAAAUGUACGCAUCGAAAAGCAGGUCAGCAUGUACUGGAUCUCGUCCAUCUUUUCACUCUGACAUUGUGUGACGAAUGUCAUCUUCCCCUCUGGGGUGUUUCGAAGCAAGGAUAUACUUGCCAGAAUGGAUGUCAGAAGUUUUUCCAUUCUCACUGCGUGGAUAAGAUGGAAGAAACUGGAGUCGGUGAAUGUCGUUAUGGCAGGGAGCUAGUCGUCGAUGAGAUCUCAGAAGCAGGAAACAAUCCGUUCGUCAUUACCCGUGACAGAUUGCAAAGCAGUUUCCAUCAACAUUACAAUGGUUUCCUUCCCUCAGAAGACGAGUUGAAAGGAAAAACUUUCGACGAAAUUGGGGUUACAUUCGGUACAAUCUGGAUUCAGUACCAACUCAUCAAGAAUGGUCUUUCUUCUGGUUCACUGCGCGUCUCUAGCGAAGAUAAGAAAGUGACAUCUGACCCCUUAGGCCUCAAAACUAUCUUGAAGACAUAUGAGGAACUCCUUCAAUCUCACGAGCAACCUAUCUCUACAGCUGUGGCUGACUUUACCCAUGCUGCCACGUUAGAAAAGCCCUUGGGGACAGGGUACCUCUUCUCCGAGAAAUUCCUUGGUUAUUGUACCGCCCUCAUUCGUGCUCCAACUAAAAGCUCAGGCAUACCUUCUCGAGAGGGGGAAAACCUCGGAGAUGGCUUUUUGACCCCACAGGGGUUGCCUCUCUCUCCAGAAGUAGAAGGAGACAAAGUGGACAAGUGCUAUGAGACUUUGCCCUUAAGCAUCAUCUUACAAUCUCUAGCGACAGAUUUGUCCCUUUCCGACAAAGUUGUUGCCACAGCGUUCCUCAAUCACUUAUCAUUGGUCGGUUUCAUCUCUGUAUUUGAUACUGCAUUCCUCACGUCACAAUGUCUGGCCGAACGACGGGAGAUAAAAGUGUCCUUCAUCUUGCCUCUUCUCAUAGACUCCUCUCCCAACACAGAACUGUUGGUUCUUGCGAUCGAAGCUUUGCUUGAUGAUCUUGAUUUGACAAUGAAUGAGCAAGGUCUGAGAUUGUUGGCGACCAGAGCAUGGCCAAGUUUGCUUUGCGCGCCAUAUGCUCUAGAGAGACUGGGGAAAGCGUGUGUCUCUUGGGUCAUAUCCGAGGAGGACUCCUUACGAGAUAUUAUUAAGAAGUAUGCGUCAAAGAAUCGUCGUAUACCAGGUGUGCGACCUGCUGCUGGAGCUCAGAAAGGCUCAGUGGAUAUGUAUAAGCAGGACAGACAAAGGUUGAGAAGGAUGUUCGUAAAGCCCUGGUUGAAGGCGCUGCAUGACCAAGAUUCAGCAUUAUAUGCGCAUAUCGUGUACGAGCAAUGCAAGCUGGUGGCCGCAAAUGUUGCUAUGGAAGAUAUGAGUGGGGCAAGUGAAGAACAAGUGGCAUCUAGAAUGGCAGGAGUAGCAGCCAAUAAGAUGACAAGUAUGGGAGAGGCUGGUAUGCUAUUUUCCAUUGUUAUGGAGCUGUUGACGGCUUGGUUGGAGGACUUGGGACCUCUGGCUGAUCAUGACGUCGCUUAUCGCGCCUUGCCACGUCUUCUUGAUCAUCAACCUGCUGACUCUUCUGAUAUCUUCGCUAUUUCCUUGUCCACGGCCCAGGCCAACCCUGCAGAUCUUGCUCGAGUCUGUCGAUGGAUGCGAGUGCUGUCUUACUCUGGGGUGGAAAUCCCUUGGGAACUUUUACUGCCCUUAGUAGACUUGCAAGCUAGAUCUCCUGCCUUUACCUGUGAUGACAGUGCCUAUGGUGCGUCAGCCGAAGCCAAAUUGGAUCUAGUUAUCGCAAUCAAUUCUAAUCGGGCGGUGAUUGAGCCGCAAACAUUUGCAAGCACCUGUUCUCAGUUGGCUAUUGGUGUUUUCAGUGAUGUGGGAAAAGACGGAAAGAUGGAACCAUUGGAAUUGGAACUGCUGAAGCGUACUAUGCUCCUUAUUUUGCAGGCUUACGGAGUCCCAGUUGACGAAAUCGCCGAAACCACCUUGGAUGUAGGGAUGUCCAGUACCGGACAACCUCCCAUCACCGUCAAAAAGCACCAAAACCCCAUCCCUAACGUACGAUUUCCUUUGAACGCUGAUAUGGUUGUCGGCGCGGCUACACUAUUGGAGCGUAGCUCUUGUCCUACCGAGAUGGUGCUUGAUUUCUUGUGGUUGCUGUCCGCAAAGGCAAGCAUGGUUGAUGAUCCAGUCGGCUUCCUGCACCAUACGUGUCCAAAGAUAUAUGGAAUGAUCUGGCCCCUGAUAGGCCUCCCCAUAGAUAGACGUUCACGGGCCAGGGUUUUAUUGAAGCUGCUCAGUGUUAAUUCGGCCCCUUUGGAAAGGAUUAUCCAUACUCAGUUGGAGUUCUCGCCAGAGGCCAGGACCCAAGCGCGUGAACGUCUUCUGACCUUUAUCCUUGAGCUCGCAGAUACUUCUGUUAACUAUGAGUUAUCUAAUUGGCGAGCUGCCACGGUGGGCUUAAUUUUGUUAUUCUUUGACGUUUUGUUGGACCCCAAAGAUGUUAUACCGGACAACAUUAUUAUCCUCAAGACAUUACAGCCCACGCAGCUAAACGCCAUGUCUAUGUGCUUUGAAGAGCAUCUGGUAAAAGGUAGCGAUGAGAGAAGACUUGUCUUGCUAACUAAAUUGAGUCGGCUGAGAAUGAGCAUACCUCAAUGGGCUAUUAUCUCGUGGACGACCGUCGAUGAGCUUUUAGCUGAGGAAGUUGCCAGUUUAACUCAAUUCAAACGCGCUCGUCAAUCUCAAACAGACUCCGGUCUGGUCGAUUCCCAGAAUGUCGCCUACUCGCUCAUUUCUUUGGGCCUCGAAAUGCUCGCGGCUGGUGUCUCCAUAACAUGGAUUACCGCUCAGCGCUUCCAGCAACGAGUGGCGGCGGCCUGUGCCCUUCCUUGGUUCAACCCACCUGUCUUUACGGCAGUUGUUCUGCCUGGAUUACGGUCGGUGCUGGAUAGCCCCAUCAGAAUUAUGAUCGCGGGUGAAACUUUCGAAAGCAAGGUGAAGAAAACGGUCCUGGUUGGCAGCUUGUUUGUACCCGUUGUCAUCGACUUCGCCCAAGAGUUAAAAAAGUACGACGCCGCUGUACAGAGAAUCUUGCUGGAUAUCUUGAUGGUCACGUUCUUCAAGCAAGACGUCACCAGGGUCGAACUCUCCACGUACAGCGCUGUACAGAAGAUAGCAGACUUUGUUUUGACAGACGAAUGUUCAGAAAAUAGGUUGCUUGCCUUGCAGGUUUUACAAAUUGCUGUGGCUAAGGUGGAAAGAGAUAAGAUUAUACGUGCAGUGCCCCCAGCCUUCAAUACAGUGGCAAAGGCUCUGGUCAAAGAGCUGGAAGCGGAGUAUGGGGAUCCGGCGGUGGUUGAGCAAAGUCAACUGUUCUUGUGGAAUAUCGUGAAGAGCUUUGGACGUUCGGGACUCUACCUUCAGCUAUUCAGAAACGAGUCAGAAUCCUACGACCCAUCAUCCCCUGACGUGACUUCGCUUGCUAAGGCCUUGCAAAUUUUGCACAGUGAACAAGAGAGGGAAGCAUUGCCUCAAGCAAGCCUGUUUGACAAUGUUUUCCAUGACCUAUUGGAUGUGACCAAGCGACCAAGACGACAGGUGAUACAUAUCAUUGAGGCAUUUGCUCGUUUUGCCACAGCCUUUGAAGGGCAUUUGACCGAGGAAGCUGCACAAGAUUUUGGCACGUUUAUAAACCGCCUGAGCAAACUGAUUGCAGAAUGGAGUUUCGAUUUCGAUCCCAAUCCUAUAUUACAGAGCUGUGCCAAAAUAUUGGAUCUCGCGCCCUCAGCAUCUUUAGUUCCUCUGUUGAGUCAAGUGUCAACCAUACUGAACCAUUGUAUGGGUCAUUUUGCGGUGAAACGAGCCACAGCGAUUCGAUUGUUGGAAUCUGGAGAAACAGCCUCCAGAAAAGCUCAGACUGAAAAUCAGAUACGAAUAGUCCUGUUUGAAAUGGCUGGAGCUGCUAUUAAUGGAUUAGCCGUAACCCCUGAAGGUCUCUACACCCUUCUCAAAUACCUCACUUCCGACGCCUUCUCUCGACCUACUCCUGAUUCACAAGUAUCACCUGAGCAGAUUCGUGUGCUAUCAGACGCUUCCGCUGGCUGUGUCCACAUACUGCGCAACGGUCAUCCGACACUCGAGUCUAAGUUGAUGAGUGCAGAAGUGCUACUUGGAGUGUUAAAUGAAGCAGGGACCGUUCUCUGUCAAGCUGAGAUGGUUGUACCAGGUGCCAUCAGCCGAAACUUAACGCAGUUGACUUUAGAUGCGGCUUCCUCCCAAGUCUAUUUUUUCAUUUAUCUAUUACUAUCUUCCCUUGACCUCAGGAUGGGCCGUGCCCGUUCACGUCUUCUUUCCCUUUAUCCCCUUCUCUCCCGAGCAACUUCCUUAUGUCUUCGGGCGGCAUCUGACUACAUGUCACUGCAAGAUGUCGAAAGCCAUGGGACAUCCCUCAUUUCCUUGGCAUUUAUGGUCAUGAGACUGGCGUUACUGGCUGUUCGUGACGGACCGGUAUCGAAUGAGGACGGAGAGAAAGAAGCGGGAGGCGAAGAUGCGGUAAAUAUAUUGUGGAUCAGGAUAUGGCCGGAGUGGAUCAGGCUGUUUAGACUGUCAUUUGAAUCCGGUUGUAUCAACGGCGCUUUGAGGACUGUGACGCACUCUGUUUUCCUAGACCUCCUGAUCUUCCUCGGCGUCAUUCAGUCACCUAUUCUCAUACGCCACACCGAAUCACUCUCCGUGAAUCUUGCCAUGCUUGUUCAGUACCAAGAAACAUCAGGCGUAACUUCCUCCGGCAAGUUGCAGAAAGCAACGCAGAUUAUGGAGAAGGUGGGGACGCUUAGUGUAGUGGGGGUGGCAGACAGGGUGGGAAUUGUGGAGAGUUUGAAGGCGGACUUGCUGGCGACGGAGAGAAUGAAAGUUCUGAACAGGUAGAUCAAUCAUUUGUAUAGCAUUUAUAGUGCACUAGAGUACUAUUUGUACAGUUGUAAUUCAUUUGAUUCAUUAUAUUAUUUAUUCAAGUUGCUUCUUUCAUUCGUUCGCUCCUUUUGGCCUUAUUACGUACCCUUCAUGCA